GCAAUAUGCUUUUUGAUGUAUUCCUUACAGCUAUGUUUGUUUCUUUUUAGCUUAACAGUUGAUAAUAUUUCUCUACUAUCUUAUGCAGCUAUUAGUUCAUUCAAAGAACAGGUUGAAGCUCUAAAAGAGCUUGACCCUUCAGUUGAGAUUUUGGUCCGCCUGCUCUGUGCUGUUCCUGGUUGGAGUGAAAAGAAUGUCCAGGUUCAGCAGCUGGUUAUUGAUAUAAUUACCCACAUUGCGUCAACUGCAUCAAAAUAUCCAAAGAAAUGUGUUGUCCUUUGCCUUCAAGGGGUAAGUGAAAGAGUUGCUGACAUUAAGACUCGUGCUCAGGCCAUGAAAUGUCUUACUACAUUUUGUGAAGCUGUUGGUCCAGGUUUUGUUUUUGAGAGACUUUAUAAAAUUAUGAAAGAGCACAAGAACCCUAAGGUUCUUAGUGAGGGCAUAUUGUGGAUGGUUACGGCAGUCGAUGACUUCGGUAUUUCACAUCUUAAACUAAAGGAUUUAAUUGAUUUCUGCAAAGAUACUGGCUUACAAUCCAGCGCCGCUGCUACAAGAAACGCAACCAUUAAACUUAUUGGUGCUUUACACAAGUUUGUUGGUCCAGAUAUCAAAGGGUUCUUGUCUGAUGUAAAACCUGCUCUUAUUAGUGCACUUGAUGCAGAAUAUGACAAAAAUCCAUUUGAGGGUGCAUCUGUAGCCCCAAAGAAGACUGUGAAGACAUCAGAUGCCCCAUCUUUGUCUAGCGGUGGGCUAGAUAGUCUUCCUCGUGAAGACAUUAGUGGAAAGAUAACUCCUGCUUUGCUCAAGGGACUGGAAAGUUCUGACUGGAAGGCUCGCUUAGAAUCUAUUGAAACUGUAAAUAAGAUAUUGGAAGAGGCCAAUAAGCGCAUUCAACCUACUGGAACUGGAGAGUUAUUUGGUGCUCUUAGGGGCCGUCUAUGUGACAGCAACAAGAAUUUAGUCAUAGCAACUUUGUCAACUGUUGGUGGUGUUGCUUCAGCUAUGGGACCAGCAGUUGAGAAGUCGAGCAAGGGGAUUCUGUCGGACAUAUUGAAAUGUCUUGGUGACAAUAAAAAGCACAUGAGAGAGUGCACUUUGAAUACAUUAGAUUCUUGGCUUGCUGCUGUUCAUCUUGAUAAAAUGGUGCCUUACAUUACUGGUGCACUAACUGAUGCCAAACUUGGUGCGGAGGGCCGCAAAGAUCUCUUUGAUUGGUUGUCCAAACAACUAACUGUAAUGAAAGAAUUUCCUGAUGCUGUACACCUUCUAAAGCCUGUUGCAUCUGCUAUGACGGACAAAUCAGCUGAUGUUCGGAAAGCAGCAGAAGCUUGCUUUGGAGAACUUCUUAGAGUGUGCGGGCAGGAGAUGGUGAGCAAGAACCUGAAAGAUAUUCAAGGACCUGCUUUAGCUAUCGUUGUUGAGCGAUUGAGACCAUAUGGGGUACUUCAAGAAACCUUUGAUCUUGGAAGAACAUCUUCCACUGGGACAACAUCGAAGGUGGGAUCAAAGACUGGAAAAUCCACUGGUCCUGCUGAACGUGCUUCUAGGCAUGGAAACAGAGCUGGAGCUUCGAGAGCUAUUCCUACAAGGAACUCAAGGCAAGAGACCUUAAUGUCUGUUCAGGACAUUAGUGUCCAGUCACAAGCUUUGAUAAAUGUUAAGGACUCGCACAAGGGUGAAAGAGAGAGAAUAGUUGUUCGCAGAUUUAAGUUUGAAGAGCCACGGUUGGAACAAAUACAAGAUCUUGAGACUGACCUGAUGAAGUACUUCAGAGAGGAUUUGCACCGGAGGCUUCUAAGUACAGACUUCAAGAAACAAGUUGAUGGAAUAGAGAUGCUGCAAAAGGCACUUCCAUCAAUUGCGAAGGAACUAAUUGAAGUUCUUGAUAUAGCCCUGAGAUGGUUUGUCCUGAGGUUUUGUGAAUCAAACACUUCCUGCCUGCUCAAGGUUCUGGAAUUUCUGCCUGAGCUUUUUGAGAUGUUAAGGAACGAGGGAUACAUGAUGACUGAAGCUGAAGCUGCCAUUUUCCUUCCUUGCUUGGUUGAGAAGUCUGGCCAUAACAUUGAAAAAGUGCGAGAAAAAAUGCGAGAGCUAACUAAGCAAAUCAUUCACGCAUAUUCUGCUGCAAAGACUUUUCCUUAUAUUUUGGAAGGUUUACGAUCAAGGAGCAAUCGAACUCGUAUAGAAUGUGCUGACCUUGUUGGCUACUUACUGGAUAAUCAUGAAGCUGAGAUUGGUGGACAAUUAAAAUCGUUGAAAGAUGUCGCAAAUUUAACAGCAGAACGAGAUGGUGAAACUAGGAAGGCUGCGUUGAAUACUCUUGCUACUGGCUAUAAGAUUCUUGGUGAUGACAUUUGGAAAUAUCUUGGAAAGCUUACGGAGGCGCAGAGAAGCAUGUUAGAUGAUAGAUUCAAGUGGAAGGCUAGAGAGAUGGACAAAAGAAGAGAGGGAAGACCUGGGGAAGCUAGGGCUGCUUUAAGGCGUUCAGUGAGAGACAACGGGACUGAUAUAGCGGAGCCGAGUGGUGAAGUUUCACGGUCGUUAGCUGGCCCAAUCUUAAAUAGGGAUAUUUAUAACAAUACAGAGUUUCCGAUGGAAAGAAUUGUGAAUCUCCGGCCAGUUUCUGGUACAAUGGGUCCCUCUGACUGGAAUGAAGCUCUGGAUAUUAUAGCAUCUGAUUCUCCGGAGCAGUCUGUUGAAGGCAUGAAAGUUGUGUGUCAUUUGUUGGCCGUAGCAACCAACGAUCCUGAAGGCAGUGCCAUGGACGACAUUGUCAAAGAUGCAGACAAGCUUGUUUCCUGCUUGGCAAAUAAGGUAGCAAGAACUUUUGACUUCAGUCUGAUGGGUGCAUCAUCAAGAUCUUGCAAAUAUGUUCUUAACACACUCAUGCAGACAUUCCAGAAUAGAACACUUGCUCAUGCCGUAAAGGAGAGUACCCUAGAUAUCCUCAUUACUGAGCUUUUGCUUUGGCUUCUUGAUGAGAGAGUACCCCGCAUGGAUGAUGGCAGUCAGCUCUUGAAAGCAUUGAACGUUCUGAUGCUAAAAAUCUUGGACAAUGCUGAUCGAACAUCAUCCUUCGUUGUGCUGAUUAAAUUAUUAAGGCCUUUGGACCCAUCAAGGUGGCCAUCUCCAGCAACAGAUGAAUCUCUUGUCAUACGAAAUCAGAAGUUCUCUGAUUUGGUUGUGAAAUGUCUUAUAAAACUUACGAAGGUUCUUCAAAGCACCAUAUAUGAUGUCGACCUUGAUCGGAUCCUUCAGAGCAUUCACAUUUACCUGCAAGAACUAGGAAUGGAUGAGAUCAGGAGGAGAGCGGGAGCCGAUGAUAAACCUUUACGAAUGGUGAAAACUGUGUUGCAUGAGCUUGUCAAGCUUCGUGGUACUGCCAUUAAAGGUCACCUAUCGAUGGUGCCGAUAGACAUGCAACCACCACCCAUUAUUCUUGCUUACAUUGAUCUUAACCUUCAGACCUUGGCAGCUGCAAGGAUGUUGACUCCGUCUGUACCUGGGCAAACUCACUGGGGUGAUUCUGCAGCGAAUAAUCCAGCACCUGCAACACAUAAUGCAGAUGCACAGCUGAAGCAAGAACUUGCUGCCAUAUUUAAGAAGAUCGGUGAUAAGCAAACAUGCACAAUUGGUCUUUAUGAGUUGUACCGGAUCACACAAUUGUAUCCCAAGGUUGAUAUAUUUGCUCAGCUGCAAAAUGCUAGUGAGGCAUUCCGAACAUAUAUUAGAGAUGGUCUUGCCCAGAUGGAAAAGAAUGCUGCGGCUGGAAGGACGCCUUCUAGUGUACCCAUGUCAACUCCUCCCCCAUCUUCAUUAAACCUGUCUUCUCCCAAAUUUGGCAAGUUAUCUCCCGUAAAUACAAACCCAUUGAAUGAUGCAAAAUCUGUAAACAAUAAAGUUGAACCAUCACAAUUUAGUUUGCCACCAUCAUAUGGCGAAGAUGACAGGGGUGGUAAUGCCCUGCUCUCAAGAGGGCUCUCAUCUGAACAUUUGGAGUUACGGCACCAAUUGGGGGAACAAAGAAAUGAUAGAUUGCCUUCUGGAGUUACUAGUGGAACACUAGAAGCAAUCCGUGAAAGAAUGAAAAGCAUGUCAUUAGCAGCAACUGGGGGGAACCCGGACCCAAGUAGUAGAACACUAAUGUCCAUGAAUGGUAAUGUCAGCCACAUGGUGUCAAGUCAAGCUCCUGGUAUGGAACAUUCUAGCGUUGAAAAUUCCAUUCAGAGUGGGGUUCUUCCUAUGGAUGAGAAGGCACUUUCAGGUCUCCAGGCACGAAUGGAAAGGCUAAAGAGUGGAUCUAUGGAAUUCUAGAUGCAGAGCUUUUGGUUGUGUGUGAUUCUUCGGACAUUCCCAGUGAACUCGCAUCAUAUGUUGCUUUAUGUUUGUCGAGAAACACCUUAACAACUAUACCACAGUAAUCAGCUCAUGCUCAUUAUAGGUGGGGAAAGCAAGGAAAACUCAGCUCAAGCGUUGCCAUCUGAAUUCUAUGGGACAGAGAUGUGUUAUUGAGAUCUUGGAGAUUAUGUAAUACUUCAAGGUGUACCAUAAUGGUUUUAUCCGGCAGGGUUAGCUGUAUAUUUGUAGAGAUAUCUACCGAUUUGAAUAUGUCUUUUUGAUAUUAUCUAAUUUAAUUGAAAAGCUCGUGUGUUUCAGAAAUGCUGAUCUAGUAUGUUACGCCUCAAUUGAUAGCUACGUUCUGCCAAGGUAGUUGAGAGUUGUAAGUUGUAUGACGGCACUUAACUGUUGUAAUCUUCCGAUUUUUACGUUUGAUUCCGGCUAUGUAGUUGGUAAGAAAAAUACUGUUGAGUA